AUGGAGGAUCAGAGAGCAGAGAAUGAACCAGAAUGGGCCGACGCGGUACCAUUUUUCUACCAGCCUGACAAGAGGUGUAUCUACAGGGUUCCCAAUAAACUCCGUAAAGUAAAUGAAGCAGCAUACACUCCUCAAUUAAUUUCAAUAGGCCCUUUCCACCAUGGCAAACCAGAACUCAAGGACAUGGAGAACAAUAAAAGAAUAUAUUGUGAGAAUUUUUUCACAGGUACUUUAAAGAGUAAGGAGGAACUAAAAAGUUUCAUCAGAGAUCGUCAAGGAAAGAUUCUUAGUUGUUAUGCAGGGACAAUUAAUCAGGGUGACAAUUUCGACUUCUCGGAGGUAAUUCUAGUUGAUGCCCUCUUCAUCAUUCAGCUCUUUAUGAUGGAUUCUGAAAACCCUGAAAAUGAUUAUUACAUUUUAAGAUCACGGUGGCUGAGGAAAGCUGUAGAGCAGGACCUCAUACUGUUAGAAAAUCAGCUUCCUUAUUUUCUUCUUCAAGACCUGUACAACUUUGCUAUGCCGGUCUCUUGUUUCUAUCCCCGCAACGAAGUGCAAGCACAAGAACAGGGCAAUAGACAACAGAGAUGUUUUGAUCUUGAUAAAAUAUGUUACUGCUUGCCUUGCUGUCGUAGAAGCCACCCCCACGAUCAUUCUGUGUUAACUGUUGAAGCCGCCAAAUCUGUUCAUCCCUUUCUCAAGCUUACCUGUGAUUUCUUCAACAGUUACAGUGAAGGAAAAUCUGUCAGGAAUGGAGUAACUAUAAAACAUUUCACUGAUUUGGUAAGACAUUUUUUGUGCCCUGCAGAAGAAAUUACUUCGGUAGAUACUCCUAUAAAAAAUAUAUAUGACGCGAGGAAGUUGAAGGCCGCAGGGGUGAACUUUAGGCUACUUAAAGAAGUAGGGUUUGUCAUUAAAGGAGAUGAAUCCCACGAUUGUAAUUUCAACUUAGCAUGUUUUACAAGUAUGGACUUGAAGCUUACACUAUUCUGUGUCAAGGAUAAGACAGAAUGCAUCGUCUGA